ACGUGAAAUAAAAAAUUAUUCAUCGGCGCAGUUCUCUAAUAUUGAGUGAAAAACUGAAAAUAUUAUGGUUCAUUUCUAACUUGUUUCUGUGUAUUUUGUUGUUUCGUAAUGGUUCCCUUAUCGUUGAAGUGUGCUACGUGUGGCAAAGAAUUCAAGAAAAACGCUUUACUUCAGCAACAUGUACGAAGGCACACAGGAGAGAAACCUUACGAUUGUUAUCUAUGUGAUAAAAAAUUCGACUCAAAGUCACAUGCACAAAGGCACAUGAAUUCCCAUUCAAAGAACACUUUACUGCUCAGUUGUACAGUAGAGGGAUGUCCCAAGCAAUUCAAAUUUGAAAGGACAAUGAAACGACAUAUUCAGAGCACACAUAUUUUACACAAGUGCACAUUUGAAGGGUGUGAGAUGGCAUUCAAUAAGAAAUUCAAGUUGAAAAAACAUAUGAGAGAAAUUCAUAAUGAUAUAUACCUUAAGUGUACUCAUGAAGGGUGUACAUCAGUGUUCACAACAAAAAGAAAUUUGGCUCGUCAUUUGUACAGUCAUGAAAGAGAGUAUGAAUGCAAUGUUUUGGGCUGUGACAUGGUUUUCAAGUCACGAUCUGUAUUAAGGAAACAUCGUGAAACACAUAAAAAAGUACACUGUACAACAUGUGACCUUGUGUGCAGGAACAAAACAGAGUUUAAAAAACAUUGCAAAGAGGCUCAUCCUAAACCGAAAAAGACGUAUGAUUGUCCUUAUGAAGGCUGUUCCAAGACAUAUAGUACAGGGUCCAAUCUCAAUCAACAUGUUCGUGUUGAACAUGCUGGUUUAAGAUUUCACUGUGAAGUAAAAGGAUGUGGGAAAUCAUUUCGUUACAAUAUAAACUUAAAGAGACACAUCGCUUCACAUGAGGCUCCAGCUAAAAAGACGAAGAAAAAACGUAAAAGAAAAUCUUUAGCUGCAAAACUUGCGAAAUACAAGGGCGAGCUUUGUGAACUUCCUGUGACUUAUGUGGAUCCAAACGAAGAUGUAUCUUCGCCAUCGGAAUCAGCCUCGUGCAAAGAAACACAGAGUAAUCAUUGCAGUGAUAUAACGAUGGACUCCCCAUCACAUGUUGAAGACAAAACUGAAGAAAUAUCUUCUGCGACUUGCUCUGCUGAAUUUUCAUCAUCAGGUUCAGAAAGUGUACCAAAAUCCUUACCGUCCGAAUUGUGUAAAGAAACACAGAGUUCUCAAUGCAGUGAUAUUUCUACGGAUACCUUAUCGCAGGUUGAAGACAGAACCAAAGAAAUAUCUUCUGCCAUUUGUUCUGCUGAAUCUUCAUCAUCAGGUUCAGAAAGUGUACCAAAAUCCUUACCGUCCGAAUUGUGUAAAGAAACACAGAGUUCUCAAUGCAGUGAUAUUUCUACGGAUACCUUAUCGCAGGUUGAAGACAGAACCAAAGAAAUAUCUUCUGCCAUUUGUUCUGCUGAAUCUUCAUCAUCAGGUUCAGAAAGUGGAUCAAAAUCUUUACCGUCCGAAUUGUGUAAAGAAACACAGAGUCCUCAAUGCAGUGAUAUUUCGAUGGACUCCUCAUCACAUGUUGAAAACCAAAGCGAUGGGCUAUCUUUUGCGAUUUGUUCUCUGGGUCCUUUAUCAUCAAAGUCAGAAAGUGGACCGAAGACUUUAAUGGAACGACUACAAAGUGUUAUAAAGGAUAGGGAAUAACACAAGUUGUGCCCUGCUGAAUAUAAUCCAGAAACCAGUUCGUCCAAUGAAACAUGCACAUGUCUUGGAAUAGCUUCAUGGUAAGAAGCAGAAGUACUUGUGUACUGUUGUUCAACAUGACAAAUAUAUUACUGGUAUCUGUCUGAAAUACAAGUCUUUGAAGCGUGUUUGAAAGGGAGGCUCGACAUUUCUCAUUCUUUUAAAACAUUAAUUUGUUUUUAAUUUGUUCUACUGGGG